CACGCGGCGUCUCGACAAGUCAUUGUCGAUCUACCGCUGUCAGGUGUAACACGCGACUUGAAACAAUUAGCAAGCUCUAAAGAUUUUUCAUUGAUUUUUCGCGAUUUUCUCGAAACAGUGAUUUGAAUUUGAAAUGGAUAUUAAGAACGUCAAACGUCACGAACCCUUGGAGGACUUCUUGUCCGAGUGCAGAUCCGAGAAGUGGCAGCUUGUUUUCGAUAAAAACAAGGAUGGUUUCAUCGAUCUCAAGGAACUUAAAGAAGCGUUGGAUGUAUGCGGUUUCCGGUUACCUGGAUGGAAAGUCCGCCAAAUGACUGAUGAGUUCACGGCCAAGGCGCGCAGUUGCAAUGGCAGAUUAUCGUUUGAUGAAUUCGAACGUUUAUGCAUAGAACUGAAAUCUAACGAGGUCGGUAGUACGUUCAAGCAAGCUGUGUCCAAAAAAGAAAAUUUGGAGACUUUAGGCGGUAUGUCCGAUGCUUCCAGUGAAGGAACAACCCAUUCGGUGCGUCUUGAAGAGCAACUCGCAUUUUCCGAUUGGCUCAACUCGAAUUUAGCUCAUGAUCGCGAUCUCACUCAUCUGUUGCCCAUUGAUCCUGAAGGCAAGACUCUUUAUGACAAACUCAGCGAUGGCAUCAUGCUUUGCAAAAUUAUUAACUUGUCAUGCCCGGAUACCAUUGAUGAACGAGCAAUUAACAAGAAGAAUUUAACGCUUUAUACAAAACAUGAAAACUUAACCCUUGCACUGGUUUCUUCCCAAGUUAUUGGUUGCAAUAUCGUUAACAUUGAUGCUCAUGAUUUGGCGAAAGGAAAACCUCACUUAGUAUUGGGUCUGCUUUGGCAAAUAAUUCGAAUUGGUUUAUUCAACCAAAUCACAUUGGAGCACUGCCCUGGUUUGACUUCUCUUCUGUAUGAAGGUGAAAAAAUAGAUGACUUGAUGAAACUCUCUCCUGAAGCUAUUUUAUUGAGAUGGGUAAAUCAUCAUCUUGCAAACGCUGGAACUAUUAGACGUUGCAAUAACUUCCAAGUCGACAUUUCGGAUUCAGAGGUUUAUACUAUUCUGUUGAAACAAAUUGCACCUCCAGAAGCUCAAGUUACGAACGAAGCUCUCAUGGAACAAGAUAUGACAAAGAGAGCUGAGAUCAUGCUGCAACAAGCUGCUAAACUCAAAUGCAGAAGCUUUGUAACAGCAGCAGAUGUUGUUAAUGGCGUUUAUAAGUUGAAUUUAGCGUUCGUAGCCAACUUGUUCAACAACCAUCCAGGAUUAGAUCGUCCAGAAGGCGAAAUAGAGGGAUUAGAGACUGUGGAAGAGACCCGCGAAGAAAAAACUUACCGGAAUUGGAUGAAUUCUAUGGGCGUUUCACCACAUGUUAAUUGGUUGUAUUCAGACUUAGCUGAUGGUGUUGUGAUAUUCCAAUUGUACGAUGUUAUUAAACCUGGUAUUGUUAACUGGGCUAGAGUGCACAGAAAAUUCUCUACCUUGAGAAAGUUUAUGGAAAAAUUAGAGAAUUGUAACUAUGCUGUUGAUCUUGGAAAACAGAUCAAGUUCUCACUAGUUGGUAUUGCUGGACAGGACAUCAGUGAAGGAAAUGCUACUUUAACUUUAGCGCUCAUAUGGCAGUUGAUGAGAGCUUAUACUUUAUCUGUGUUGACACGUUUGGCAAACACUGGAAGUCCAAUAAUUGAAAGAGAAAUUGUUCAGUGGGUGAAUACCAAGCUAGCAGGUGCCAAUAAAACAACAUCUUUGAGUAGCUUCCAAGACAAAACAAUUUCAGAUGCUAAAGUUGUAAUAGACUUAAUCGAUGCCAUUAAACCGGGAACUAUCAAUUAUGACUUAGUUAAAUCUGGAAAUUCCCAAGAGGAUUGUUUGGCCAAUGCAAAGUAUGCAAUUUCAAUGGCUCGCAAGACCGGUGCUCGUGUGUACGCUCUACCAGAGGAUAUCACUGAAGUGAAACCAAAAAUGGUCAUGACAGUAUUUGCUUGCCUUAUGGCAAUAGACUACAUUCCUAACAUGGAUAGCAUACAGCAAUAACAUAAAUAACAUGAAUUGUCAAUAGAUGCAAAUAAUAAUCUGAAAUGUUCUAUUGCAAAUAUUAAAAAUAUAGUUAAUAGCGCAGCAAUUUAUCAGAUUUGAACAGUAAAGUAAGGAAUAUAAUAGACCAAUCUGGAAUUUUGUUAAUUAAUGGUACUUUAAAGUGCCAUUCUCCUUGCAUGAAAUUAGAUCUAAGAUUAUUUGAUACUGUAAGAUAAGAUUUUGAUAUAACUUUGUGUUAGGCUAUAUUUGUUUCUUCAUAUUAUGAUAUAGAGAUUGCUAAGUAUAAUAUAAGAUUGAAUAUUUUAUUAUAAAAAUAAUUAAUUCUGUGGCUCAAACAUACUUUUCAGUAGUUUUAGUAGUUGAUAUAAUCACUACCUAAACUCUCUAAACGUUUUAACUGGUAAUUCGUAAAUUUGAUUUUGAUUUUUAUGGGCAACAACAAAAUUUCAGCUUGGUCCUAAUAUUAGAAGAUAAAGUUUUAAUUUGAUUGCAAUAUUUCACUUACUUAAUUAUUACUUCAACCUAAUUAAUUAUACC